AUGUGGAGUAAUCUUCCGUAUUUGCUCGUCCACAUGAUCAAUAGGCAAUUCACCGUUGCUUAUUCAGUCGAGUUCCAGAAGCAAUUCGAGGUGCGCUUCAGAACGAGAUUCGACGAGAAAUUCGGAGCGGCGUUCGAACCGAGAUUCGACGAGAUAGAGCAACUUGUCUGGGACAAGACUGCCAAGGACCUUCGCGAGCAAUUGUCCGACGGUGUUCAAGAAGACGUCUUCAAGGCUAUCAUUGACGAGUUGGGGGAAGCGGUAGACGACGAGUUCUACAACAACCUGGAGCACCACCUCGACGACAUUGCCGCGGCCGAGUUCAUAGGCCACCCGGACCCGAGACUGAACGAACUGGGGCUCUGGGCUUUGCACGACCACAUAUUCCACGAAGUGCUCCACGAGAAAAUCCAGGAGGAGGAGGACCUGGCCGCCCGAUUCGCCCCCAUAUUCGAACCGGCAUUCAACGCGGCGUUCCCCGCAUUCUUCGACGCCAAGUUUGACGAGGUCCACGCUGCGGUCGUCGAGGCCGCUUAG